AGUACCAUGUGCUUUCUCUACUCGCAAACCGCUUAGCUCAGGACUACGUUGAAGACAUGCAACUGGUACGUAGUGGAUGGUGAUAGUAGGAAGACAGCGUGCAUUUUGCUCGAGGCGCUUACACUCUAAUCUCAUUUUUUUUUUAAUGAGAAAUAUGCAUUAGUGUGAAAACGAAAGUGGUCGGUGUUGGUUUUUUUUGCGGUUUCAUGUGAAGAUUGAUUGAUUUUGAAUACAAACUUAAAUUUAUUCUACUCAGAGCUGGAGACAAUUGAUAAGGAUUCAAAAUGCCAGGUGAUUCUUAUUACUGGUCACCAACUGAAAACGAGACGGACGAUUCUCUUGUGGAUAAAGAACCUUACAUAGAUCCAUGGGAUUUGGAGAAUUACGCUUAUAUUAGGGAGCACCUCGACUCCAUGGAGCUUAGUUCUAGUCAUAGUGGUCCUAGUGGAAGUUCAGGAGAAUUUGCAGAACCGACAAAUUCAUUCGAUUAUUUACCCGGAAAAAGAGCUAAGCCAGUAUCUUCAUCUUUUGCAUCUGCAAUGACGAAUAUCAGAGAAGAAAGAUUCGAUUCUAUCUUAAGCGAUCAAGAAAAUUACGCCGCAAUAGAAGACAUUCAACAGUACGAGAAGAAGAAUAGACGAGCUGGAAGUGAAAUGUACUAUCCAACCAAAAGAAGAAUGGCAUAUGAUUAUGAGACAGAAGAAGACGUGUCUCCCUACGCUGAAGGAAUUGUGCAAGAAAAUUCAGUGUUUGGUAUAUACGAUGAAAAAGGGAUGUUUCGACGAGUUGCAUUACCACUCUCUUAUAAAACAAGAGAUAGAAGUCUAAGUUACUCAUAUGGAGAUUCAUGCGUUGAAUACAAUUCUAGGAUACAUUCAGAAACUUCAACUGAAGAAUUUCCUAGUGAUCGAAGAGAUACUAUGUAUCCAAUUUACGACGAUGUAGAAAAACAGAAAAAAAUCAAACCGCAUUUCGGUUUCAGUAAAUACGGCCAUCUCAAAAUCGACUACUCCUGCAGCUGGAAUAACCUCAAUAAAUUCAUGAAGUACAAUUAAAAAUUUAUAUUUCAGUCCUACAAUGAUUAUAUAUAAAUUUUUUGUGAAAUAUGUACAAAUUUCAGAUAAUUUUUGAUAUAUAAACCGUGACAUAACCCAGCUCCAUCAAGCUAGCAGCCAAAUAUUCGGAAAAAUUUUAAAAAAUUGAAUCGAAAGGAUUUUCAAUGCUCGUUCUGAAAAUUCAAAUCCCGAAUUUUCUCGUUGAUUCGAUAAAAAGAUAUUAAUUAAAACCGUGGUUGCAAAUUCAGAUUAGAAAAUAUUUUUUAUUUCCGGCCCAAAGUGUCUUCUGGAAAAACUAAAAAUAACUAUCAAAUGCUCCUAAUUCUCUCAUUUAAAAAAUCUUUUCCUUUUUGUCCAAAGUCUUAGGGAAACCUAAAAAAAAAUACCUAAUUUUUCCGGAUUAUUCAUUGCGCACAGACCUGUGAGUAAAAGAUACUCACAAACUCACCGAAGUUUGCUCCAAUCGUUUCUUGUGUGCUAAGGCCUUGGUGUCCUAUUAAUUUCUACAUUCGACUAGAGCAUAAACGUUCUGAUCGACGUCUGAACACCGGACACAGCGUCAGCGUUUCUCAUACGCGAACGUCGACGUCUCGUUCACAACAGUGCUAGCAUCUUGUGAUAUAAAAUUGAUAUAAAUGCGACAUUUUUGGCGGCGUUUACUUGAAGAGGAGGCACCCAAUGGUUCGAAAUAACUAGAGACGCGUCGCAGAGCGUUUGAAUGGCGACUACGGUUUUCACAAUCCAACGUCAGUGUGUGAAAGAUACCACAACAGUACAGUAAACAUUAUAGGAGCCCAUAGCCUAAGCUCAUGGGCGUCAAGCCUAUAGGUUUCGUAUACAAAAUGCUUAAUAAAUUUAAAUGCAACUAAUAUGAAUCUUACUUUGAACGCGCAAAAAAUUUAGGUUAGGAUGUCGUUCUAUGUCAAAAUAUUAUCUGUAUCUUCAUUUAAUGAUAUAAAAACUUCUGCUUGGUACAAAUUAUAUACAUUUAACUUACUUAUGCUAAAUGAACGAAAUAAACACGUGAAAGAAAUUAGUAAAUUUGAAUAGUCAUUCUUUCUAAAUCUUAUUUUCCUCAUAUUUUACAAACAUAAUUUAUCGCAAAAAAUAUAAUCAUAUUUAUGUAUCGAAAAUUAUUUUACAGUACAGUAUAAAAAAAUAGUUAUUUACGUUAUAAGCCGGUAUAAUUAUUAUUACGGUACUUGCCGGACUUAUAACUUAUAACGUAAAUAACUAUAAAAACCAGAUAUAAACAAAUCAAAUAGGACGCGCAGUAACAAAAAAAAUAUAGAAUUAAUAAAAUUGAAAUAGUUAUUUGUAUACCAAGGACUGAAAAUGAUAAAAAAGUAGUAUUUCAGCCGCGGCGUACACAACAUUUUUUAGACGACGGAUAAAAUCCAAAACUUUUUCAAUUACACUGAGGAAAGAAAAUAAAUAAUAGAGAAUUAUACAUUUAAUUUAUUGAACAGUAUAAUGUACUUAAUAAUAUUUGCAAUAUCAAUUAAUUAUUUGCAAAAAGUAAUGUUGAUUGUACCUUAUUUUAAUAUUUAAUGGAUUGGAUGCAGAUGGAAUAUGUAUAUUUCUACUAAAUGUUGACGGAAUUUCAGAAAAUUAAAAAUUUAAGGUUAUGCAAAAUCAUCGAAGUGAAACUGUCAACCGUCAACAUUGAAGUAGCUAGAGUCACAUUUAAGGAAGUUAAAGUAGUGUACUCCAGAGCGUCCCGAAAGUGUUUUGCAGUACGGAACUGUCACUUUCACUAAAUGGAAAACUCAAAACGUACCUUUCGGUAAAUAAAUAAAUACAGAUCGAACAAUUUUCAGAUGGCGUCGUCUAAAAAUUUAAUGUAAAUUAGUGUUUUAUAUUGCGACAAAAGAUCCAAAAUUCUCAAAACCGUAGUUUUUUUUUAAGGAGUAUUGGUAUUAUCUAACUACAUAUAUUAUGUUUUAACAUUUACAUAUACUAUAUAAAAUAAAAAUAUAGGUCUGAAA